AUGUCAAAAGGAACAACAAUAAAAGAAGCUUUAAAAAAAUGGGAAGAGAUUAAUAAAAAAAAUCCAACUGAAUCCGAUAUUAUUGAAUUGCAAUUUCAAUUUCCGCCAAUCGAAAAAAUGGACUCAACUUUGGGAACUUUAAUAAAUUGCAAAAAAUUAAGUUUAUCGACUAAUAUGAUUGAAAAGAUAUCUGGAAUUGCACCAUUAAAAAAUUUAAAAAUAUUAUCUUUGGCACGUAAUAACAUCAAAAAUUUAAAUGGAAUUGAAGUAUUGGGAGAAACAUUAGAAGAAUUAUGGAUAAGUUAUAAUUUGAUUGAGAAACUAAGCUUAAUCGAACAAAUGAAAGCUCUCAAAGUAUUUUAUAUUGGACACAAUAUGGUAAAAGAUUGGAAUGAGCUAUCAAAAAUCAAUAAUGCACAAAAAAUUGAAGAUUUUGUUUUUGCCGGUAAUCCAAUUGUUGAAGCUUUAGAUGAAAAUGAGUAUAGAAAUGAAAUUAUGAAAAUAUUAAUUUAUAUUAAAAAACUGGAUGGCGUUCCAUGUAUUCGAUAA